AUGAGUAGAUUAGUUCAGUAUUGCUUAAAUCGUUUGGACGAACUCAUCACAGAAGGACUUGUUCCUUAUGUGGUAUUUGAUGGUGCCGAUUUGCCUAUUAAAGGUGGUACAAACGAAAGUCGCCGCGAAGCGCGCCAGCGCAAUAUGGAAAUUGCCCAACAGAAAGAGCGUGAAGGGAAGAUCGACGAGGCAAGCGACUACUUCUACAGAGCCCUCGAGAUUUCUCCAGACCUCUAUGCUCCCCUUAUCGCCCAGUUGAAAGAGCGUAACAUCCAAUUUCUCGUGGCUCCCUACGAGAGCGACGCGCAGCUGGGCUUUCUCUUCCGAAACAACUACAUCGACCUGGUCAUCACCGAAGACGGCGACACGCUCGUCUACGGCUGUCGCCGCGUGCUCUUCAAGCUCGACAAAGGCACUGGCGAGGAGAUCGACAUGUCCCGUCUCUCCCACUGCACCAAGCUCAACUUCUGCGACUGGACGCACGACAUGUUCACCUACCUCUGCGUUCUCUCCGGCUGCGAUUACCUCCCUUCUCUCCGCGGUAUCGGCAUCGUCCGCGCCUACCAGGCCGUCAGUCGCGGCCGCACCCCCGCGGGGAUCUUCGCCUAUCUCCGCGGCGUGACGGAGGUUCCGCUGGAAUACGAGAACGGCUUCGCGCGCGCCGUCUUCACCUUCCGCCACCAGACCGUUUUCGACCCGCAGCGCCGCGCCGCCGUCCCGCUGCUCCCCCUCCCGGCCUCGCUGCAGGCGCAGCCGCCCGCCUACCUCGGACCCGUUCUGCCCGCCGAUCUGGCCGUCCGCAUUGCCGCGGGGGAGGUCGAUCCGGUGACGCAGCGUCCCGUGGGGGCGAUGGAGGAGGAAACCGCGGGGAUGGAGGAGCCCGGGGAGGCUGGAGAGGUGCGGUUCUCGAGCCCGUUUGUGUCGAUCUCGUUCCGAGCGCUGAUCGAACGGCCGUCGGAAAGGGGAUUGCCGAGAAAGGGAGAUCUGAGCCAUCUGGACUUCGCGAGCGGGAGCGCGGUGAAGAGAGCCAUGGUGAUGGAGUCGCCGCCUCGAAAGAGACCGACGGUGGAGAGGAUCGGACCCUCGCCGGUGGCCGCGAAGUGCGUGAAUGCGUUCCUGGACCAGUUUCGACGCAGUCUCACGCAGCAGUGA